AUGGGCCAGGCUCUGCGAGAGGGCUUCAUCGUUCCUUUGCCCUUGGCAGAGGAAUUCUUCGCACUGGUCCUUGGUGAGCAGCUCGGCAGGGCCAGCCUGCCCAAGCCUGGCCAUGGCGUUGCCGGAGAGCUGCUGGGGGCCUGCUCGGACUUCUUGGACGAGCUCUCGGCCGGCGAGGUUGGCCUUCCUCCAGAACAGGUUCCGGCCUGGCGUGCUGCGCAGGCAGAUCAGCCGGACUUUGCGGAGCGCUUCAUGGCACGCCCAGAUACCAGCCCCGAGCCCAUGUCUUUCAACGAGUACACGCGACUCGUGGGGGUUUGCUUCCUGGAAACUGGCCUCAGUGGAGCUGAGCUGUGCCCAGAGGGCGAUUGCGUGGCGGUGACAGCGGACAACGUGGGCACUUUUGUCGAGCAGGCGGCGGAGUUCUGGUUCAACACCGGGGUGAGAGAUCAGGUCGAGGCCUUCAAAGGGGGCCUCAACGACGUGUUCCCGUUCCAGAGCCUGCAGGCCUUUACCAGGUCAGAGCUACGGGAAAUGUUCUGUGGCGAGGACAGAAUAGAGUGGGACGAGCAAGCCCUGCUGAAUCAUAUCCAUCCAACAGGUGGGCUGACGGACAAGUCGCCUGCGUACAAGUUCCUGGUGGCUGUCCUUUUGGAGCUCGGCCAAGCUGAGCGGUCCCGGUUCUUGGACUUCGUGUCAUCUUGCCCACGGCUUCCACCAGGCGGCAUUGCAAAAUUUCACGUGGACGUUUUCCCGGACACCAGCGCAUCAAGGCAAGCCUUCCCGCGCUCACGUGCCUGUGCCAACCAGCUCUAUUUGCCUCCAUACACCUCCAAAGAGGAAUUGCAGGCAAAGCUGCACGAGGCCAUGCACUGCUCCGCGGGCCACCACGAGCAGAGAGUACGGGACCAAUGA